AAAUUCUAGUUUUUUCCAUUUAUUUUGUCUGAUAAAUACUCGUAUUAAUCAUAUUAUUGCUUUUCCGGACAAGCAUGCUUGGGCGAGAUGGGUAUCCGUUUUUUUUGGUUCUACAAAAAUUACCUGAAAUCCGACAAUCUGUGCAUCUGACCCAGGAUAAAUUACGAGUCAGAAAAUAUCACAGGUUUCGAGCUAGUUCGAACGCAACACUCUACCGCAUUUUGGGAGUUGAGGAAAAUGCGUCUCCCAAGGAUAUCAAGGCAGCAUUUGUGCGCAGAUCGAAAGAGUUGCAUCCUGAUCGUAACAAAGAAAACAAGAACGCGCAGCAGGAAUUUGUCAAAAUGUUGGAAGCUUAUCGUGUUUUACGAUCCGUCACGUUGAGGCACGAAUACGACACUGCACUCCGACAAAGUGUGUCAGAAAAAGCACCAUCGGAAGAGAUCCCACGAGAGGCUGCGGAGAGAAUGCACAAGGAGGAGGAUCCAUCUCGCACACGUUACAAAGGUCCCAUUUUUGCGAAGGCUGAGUAUGUGCCUGUGGGAACUGCAAACUAUUAUGGGAUUAACGGAUUUGCAAAAGUUUCGAAUAAAUGGAUGUUGGGCUUGUGCUUUUUGAUUGCGCUGUUGGGUUGUUUGAUACAUUACGGGACGUACCGUUUGUCUGUCGUUUUGCGGAGAGUGGACGUGGAAGAACGAAGCGAAAAAAAUGCACGUGAAUACGCCAAAUUACGAGAACGCGUACUGUCUUCUGAUAUGGACAAUGUGGCUCUUUUAGAGAAGUUGGCUUUUUCUCACGAAGAUAAUUUGAAACCUUCCGUGAUAAGGUGAACCGAAAGAGUAACGGUGUUCACAAACGGCGAUCUUUCUACCUUGUGAUUUUUUACUUAUUCGGAUACUGUACAGUACAUCGCUUCAUGUUUUGCAGUAAAGAAAUAUCAACAAAUUAUUAAUAUAUCGAAACCGGCGAGACAUUUAAGUCCAUUAAUUACGAAAUAAAGAGAUCAUUGAAUUGCGAUUUGCACA